UACAAUACUAUCCGACCUUUCCUCUCUCUCUCUCUCUCUCUCUCUUUCUCUCUCUCCAACCGUGCUUCUCUCCAUCUUCCUAUUUCGUUUGUUACCCCCCACUCCACCCCUCUUCGGGGAACCUUCUAGGGCAGUCGGUUUGCAGCGCCAGAAAACCACCCGCAUCCCAUCUAUCGCCCCAAGGGGUCAAUGGAAGCCGGCCUAAUCUCCGGGCCUCACUGAUUUGUAGUCAAAUCUAAAGGCACCGACCCUCCUUUGACUCUUUCUUCCUUGGCUUCUCAUCAGAUCUCACUCGCAGGAGGAAUCAUCAACCACAGUAGAGAGAAGGAAAGAAAAGGAUACAGCAAGAAAGACAAGAAAGAGAGAGAUCUAUUAUACCACAGGUGAGUACUGGUAGUAGCAGUAGCAGCUUUAUUUUUGGUUCCUCAAGUGUUUCAGACCUCAAAGUCAAGAUAAGAUGGAGUUCACACAUGGAAGAGGGGAUGGGUUUUACAGUAAGGAUGAUGAUGACUCCAAGCACCCUCCUUUUGUUCCUUCAUCCUCUUCUUCUUCCUCCCCUUCCUCUUCCUGCACCGCCUCCCGAUGGACCGACGUAGCAUCCGGGAGCGGCGGCGGCGGCGGCGAUGCUCCUAAUGUAGAGAAGGAGCACAUGUUUGACAAGGUGGUGACGCCGAGCGACGUCGGCAAGCUCAACCGGCUGGUGAUCCCGAAGCAGCACGCCGAGAGGUACUUCCCUCUCGAUGCGUCGGCCAACGAGAAGGGGCUGCUGCUGUGCUUCGAGGACCGCACCGGGAAGUCAUGGCGGUUCCGCUACUCCUACUGGAACAGCAGCCAGAGCUACGUGAUGACCAAGGGGUGGAGCCGCUUUGUCAAAGAGAAGAGGCUUGAUGCCGGGGAUACCGUCUCGUUCUGCCGAGGCGUCGGCGAAGCCGGCCGCGACCGCCUCUUCAUCGACUGGAGGCGGCGGCCUGAGGCCCACGACCCGCCGCGCCUUCCCCUCCCGCUCCCCCUCCCCGUCCCCCUGUCGGGUGUCUCGCUGGCCCGGUCGGUGGGCCCGUGGAGCAGCCGGCUCCUCAUCCCCCCAGCUGGCACGGUCCACGACUACGGCCGCCAGGUGUACGGGUACAAUGCCGCGAGCCCCGGCAGCGGGCAGUUCCUUUUCUUUCGAUCGUCAGCGGCGGGGCCGCCGCAGCUUGGGGUGCAACCCGGCGGCGGGGAUCGAGCGGUGGCCGGCGUGCCGAUGGUUCUCGAUUCGGUGCCGCUCGUCCAUGCCCAGGCGACGCCCAAGCGGGUGAGGCUGUUCGGGGUGGACCUCAACUGUCCUCAAUCGGACGGCGGUGCCGACAGCGGCAGUGGUCCAUCUCUAAGCAUGCGCCAGAUGCGACCCCGGUCAACGCUCCCUCUCCUCGAACGGUCGCAGGGCGGCCCCGAUUCUUCGAGGGCCACCUCCUCGCCGGGCAAGGAGCAGCAGUAACCACUGGGUCCUGACAUCUGAGACUCCAAAGCAGGAGAAUGCGAAGGGAGGACAUCAUCAUACCCCUCAUGAGCUCGAUCUAUCCCUGGAAUUGGGAUGGAUACUGAACUGAAUGAGAGGAAGGUUCAAAGAUUCUUUCCUUUUUUGCGCUUACUUGGCUGGUUGGAGCAUCAAACAGCAUUGGGCUACUUGGCACGAGUGGGCGUGGCAAGAAGGGAAGGAUGUAUCCAAACCAAUCUUCUUUUCCUUUUCCUUCUUUUAAAUUCCCUAUUCCAACUGUAAAUAUAUUAUAUAGGUACAGAUCCCCCUCACGCCCUACAUAUGAUAAACGUCUUCCAUCCGUGGAACCCACAUUAGUUUGGGGAUUUGCUCUUGUUUGGUUGCAUGCAUUGAUAUAAGCUCUCAUGCUUUGCUA